AUGGCUUCGUCUCUGGUGUCCAACCCGUACACCGCUCAACCGCUCCUCCAGAAUCCCGCCUACACAUAUGUCACCGCCCCUCAGCCGCCCCCGUCACCUCCCGUGGACGAGGUAGCGAAAUGCUCCUUGCCCUCCAUCUCGAGCCUCUUCAGCUUUGCCGAUGGAUCGAGCCCCCUCGAGCAACAGGCACCACAGCAGCAGAGCCCGCAACCAGCGCAAGCAUCUCAGAAGAGCGAGCACCGCCCGGAGUCGGCGCAGCCGCCGUACGGCCCAUCGCCGGUCAUGGCCUCGAGGGGCGCUCUCCCUCCCACGCCGCCGAUGCACUCCGAUGCGGGCUACGAUGGGCGCCACUCCCCCUCUGCGGCCUCGAGUUCCAGCUACUCUGCGGCUUCUGCGCCCGGCUACUACUUUUCCCCUUCAGGAGCGUCGCCGAUCAACAGCAACGUUGAGCCUUCCGCUCAGCGCCCACAGGCGCCGCCCCUUCAGCGACAAGCGUCGCUGCCUUCGGCGAACUUGUCCUAUGCUCCAACCCCUUAUAAUAACAACACGACGCCAUACGCCGUCUCCCCCCAGCAAUCCAUGGGCGCCUACUACCCCAACCCCAUGCAGCCCGCGGCUCCGGCCCCAUCUCACAUGUCUGGAUUAUACUACCAGCGUCCCCUCCCUCAGUUCCCCCCGCCGUUGAUGCCCGUCGCCGUCACCCUCACCCCGUCGUCGGGCGCGAACCCGUGGCAGCACCACCACUACAUCUCGCCCUCGUCGGCGGCCUCCUUCCCCCAGAGCCAAGACCGCUACAUCUGCCAGACGUGCAACAAGGCCUUCUCCCGGCCGUCCAGCCUGCGCAUCCACUCGCACUCGCACACGGGCGAGAAGCCGUUCAAGUGCCCGCACCACGGCUGCGGCAAGGCGUUCAGCGUCCGGAGCAACAUGAAGCGGCACGAGCGGGGAUGUCACAGCUUCGAAGGCGGCGCCAUGAUGUGA